UUGAGCUAAUCUAAGUUACACAAUGGUGAACAGAGACCUGAUCUGAGUUGAUUUUUGAAUGUAACUGAAACAAUAAAACACAAUAAUUUACUUGGAUGAUGGCAAAACUACGGGGAAGUGAGGAGUGCUGUUUGUAGAAAACAGUAUUCUGGAUACAAGUGGGGGCUGACGGCAGAGCUGCUUUAGGGAGUGCUAUUUGUAGGAAAACAGUAUUCUAACAGUUUCCCAGGUAAAUGCGGCGAAACUUAUGUAGCGUAUAGAAAUAGCAAAGGCUAAUCAAUAUAGAGUUGACAUUUUCCAAGUACUCCAAGUAAAUGGCUGAAGAGUUGCAGAGAUUUCUGUGACAAGGUGGGGUGGUUGAUAUCUCGGAAGCAACUAAAAGGUAUUAUGAAGAAUCAGCUCGUCCAGUAAUGAUUCAUUCUCAAUUAGGGGAUUCCUAUUUUCUUUCUUCAGAUCCAGAUUUGGCUGAAUCUCCUCCUCGGCGCCUGCCUCCUCGAAUCCAUGUGAAUCAAAGCACUAAUCAUGCAUCUUCUUCAUCUGAGAACAUUGCAAUGUCCAGGGAUGGCCAUGAUCUUAAGUAUACUGCCACAACAUCUACCCCUUUGAAGCCUGUAGAAAAUCUAAAUAUUUUUUCAUUAGGAUUACCUAUCCUGAAUACAGGACUGUCGGAUGAUGAUUUGCGGGAAUCAGCUUAUGAAAUAAUGCUUGCAUCCAUAGUAUUUUCUGGGGUUCAAGUAUAUACUGUCCAGGAUAGAAAGAAAGAGAAAAGUUCAAAAUUUCUUUCAGGAUUUAAGGGUAAAAUGGAUAAAGCACAUUUACAAUCUCAGUCUCUAGGGAGACAUUCAGAGCUCAUUGACACCAUCCGAGUUCAAAUGCAGAUUUCAGAGGUAAUGGAUCUAUGCAUGAGACAAAAGUUGAUGCAGUUUGCUACAAGGAAACUGUGUGACCGAAUUGAUAUUCCUCAAAUCUCGUUGGGGCUGUUAAAUAGCAUUUUCAAGUCUGAUUUUGUCCAUGAAAAGUCAUAUAUGCAAUGGAAGUAUAGACAGGCAAAUAUCUUAGAAGAAGUUCUCUAUUUUUUUGUCAAUCUUAAAACAGCUGAGCGUCUAACCAUUAAAAGUUCUCUCGCAAAGAUCAGGAACACAAAGGAAUGGGAUUUUAUAAUGCCCCCUUCUGAGCGUGCUGAGGUUCUACUAGCUAUGAAAGAGGUUGCUUCAAAAUUAGCAUCUGUGCCAGGACAAUUUGGCAUACAUGAUGAGACUUGUUAUUGGACUGCUGGUUAUCACUUAAACAUUAGGAUUUAUGAGAAGUUGCUCUUUGGUAUGUUUGACGUGCUUGACGAAGGGCAGCUCAUAGAGGAAGCUGAUGAAAUCCUGAUGCUCAUCAAGUUGACCUGGUCUACUCUAGGCAUCAAUCAGAGAAUGCAUAAUGUAUUAUAUGGCUGGGUGCUUUUUCAACAGUUUGUUGGGACAGAUGAAGCAACAUUACUAGAGUAUGCAAUCCUUGAGGUACAACAAGUCCUGUCAACUGAGGAUAUUGAUGGGAAGGAAGAGCAAUAUAUGAAUAGCUUAGUAUGUUCCAGGGUUUUCAAUGGCAAAGAAAAAAAAUUAAGUCUGGUGGAGGCUAUUUUUUUCUCGAUGAGCAUCUGGUGUGACAGUAAACUGUUGGAUUAUCAUCUACAUUUUAGUAAGAAACUCAACAACUUUAAAACAGUUAUGACCUUGGCAUUAGCAGUUGGUUUUAUCACUUCUAGAGAAGGUGGUGAAAUCAAGUUAACAAAAACUAAUGGUUUGGACGAGAUUGCUGCUAAAAAACUUAAAACUUAUAUUCAAAAAUCCAUUGAAGCUGCAUACAGCCGGGUAGCAGCUACCAUGGAUCUUGAAUCUAAAUUAGAAAGAACACAUCCCUUGGCUCUGCUUGCAAAUGAACUAAGAUUGAUUGCAAAUAGAGAGUUAACUGUAUUUUGCCCCAUCCUACGUCAUUGGUGUCCAGAAGCUGGGAUGAUAUCAGCGAUGCUGCUAAACCAACUUUAUGGGGAGAGACUGAAACCAUUCCUCAAAGGAGUAAUGAAUCUUUCUGAAGAUGUCAAAUUAGUGCUUCCUGCAGCUGAUAUGUUAGAUCAUGACCUGACUCAACUAUAUUCUUCUGCAUGCAAGGACCAUGGGUCAUUUCAUCCUUUUGACCAAGAUUUUGAUCAUUAUGAGGUUGGGGAAAUUUCUAGACCUAUUAUUCUUGAUUGGGUGAUUGCUCAACAUGGGCGCAUCUUGGAAUGGACUGGACGUGCUUUUGAUCUUGAGGAUUGGGAACCUUUAUCAUCUCAGCAAAGACAGGCAGUAUCUGUAGUUGAAGUGUUUAGAAUUGUAGAGGAGACCGUGGAUCAAUUCUUUGGGUUGAAUCUUCCAAUGGAUAUCACACAUUUACAAGCUCUACUAUCUGUUAUUUUCCAUAGCCUGGAUACAUACUUGCAGAAAGUAAUCAGCGAGUCAGUUGAGAAGAGCUAUUUAUUCCCUCCUGCUCCUUCUUUGACUCGUUAUAAGGAGAUGGUUAUUCCAAUAGCCAAGAAAAAGUUGGUCGAGUCUACACCCUUGGAUGAGAAAGUGAACAAUAAGUUGAAUGAAUUGACAAUAUCCAAACUGUGUGUCAGAUUGAACACUCUUCAAUAUAUUCAGAAACAAAUGCGUACCCUAGAAGAUGGCAUUCGGAAAUCUUGGGCACUUGUCAGACCAUCUGCUAAUCAAAGAUGGACCAAAGAGGAAUCUCUAGAAAAUUUGGAGGAGAGUUCAAUGAUGUCUAGUGAAUCAAUUGAUGAACUAUUUGCCACCACCUUUAACAUAAUCAGGGAUACUGCUACUGAUGCUAUCAACAAAAUUUGUGACUUCAUUGGUACCAAAGUUGUGUUUUGGGAUCUGAGAGACUCGUUCUUAUUUCGUUUAUACCGUGGUAAUGUUGAAGAUGCUCGCUUGGACAGUAUUCUUCCGCAUGUUGAUACUGUCCUUGAUCGAAUAUGUGAUUUGAUUGAUGAUGCUCUCAGAGACCUCGUGGUUUUAAGCAUUUGUCAGGCAGCAUUGGAAGCUUUUGUUUGGGUUUUGCUGGAUGGAGGACCUUCUCGGGCAUUUUCUGAUUCAGAUAUCCCGAUGAUGGAAGAUGACCUCAAUAUGUUGAAGGACUUAUUUGUGGCAGAUGGAGAAGGCCUUCCACGCUCAUUAGUUCAGAAGAAAGCAGAAUUUGCUGAACAAAUACUGAGCCUUUUUGCCCUUCAGACAGGAACAGUUAUCCAAAUGUUGAUGACGGCAAGUGAACACAUUUCAACAGGAUUAGAUUCUCGUAAACAUGGUCGCCUAUGCUUGGGAGACGCUCAAACCUUAGUACGAGUAUUAUGCCACAAGAAAGAUAGAGAGGCUUCGAAGUUCUUAAAAAGGCAAUAUCAGCUCCCCAUGUCUUCAGAAUAUGACGAUACUCCGUCAAAGGAUUCAACUUUGAGAAGUCCCCUUAUUUCAGAUCUCAUAAAGCGAAGCGCAUCAUUCCACUGGACGGAGAAGGGCCAGAGUAGCUUCAUAUCAUUAAAAAAGAAACUCCAAGAAGCAACUUCCGAAAUCAGAUGGUAAACACAUUUCCCUUAUUCUUCCGUGUUACAUGUUUGACACGGAGCUCUAAGUCAUUAUGGGCAUAUGGGAAAGGCUAUGGUUUGGCCCCCCUUCCAUUUUACGGUGUAAGGGCGUGCCCGUCAUAGCAUUUUAAGCGUUAAUAUAACGCAAACUCUAUAAAUCAGUAGUCCCCCGCGGCCUACCCACACCAAUCAUAGCAGAAGAGUGCCAUGGUCUGAUGGGCCCCUGCUGCCAUUACGUCUCAAAGUUUGCGGAUGACAAUCAUUUUGGAUAAAUAUGUACCUCCAGGUCUCUCCUGAUGUGUUCAGAAGAAAAUGUUGUGUGCUGAUUUGAUUUGUUGAUGGUCCCAAAAAGCUAGAGCCGUGUCAUCUAGAUUUUUAUCCUAUUCGAGCUUUGGAAAAUGAUAUGCUACCAAAUGGGUUUCAUAUCUAAACUUCAAGAUU